CUGCCAGUUUAAAGAGGACAUUUCAAAGGAUUACGUGGUAGCUUCAUUUAGAUCUGCAUUUUGAAAGGCAGGGAUUGAUGUAAAAUCUCUGUUAUAACAGAGUUCUGGGUUGUGUUAAUGGGUGAUAAAUGUUCUCAGACACAGAACAGGGACCUUGCAUGAUAAAGAUACAAAACCCCUGCUCCAUUCACGCCCCUGCCCUAAGGAGCUCCCUGAUUAUGGCUGUAAUGAGAUGGGGUUGCUAAUGCUUGGAGAUCUAUGCAAUUUUAAAUAUGUCGUAUGUGCCUUUUGUGUUAGUCCAUCGAUGUUUGGAAGGGACAUGAUUGAACCCCAUCGUUCUGCCAUUAGCUGGAGUGUAACUGUCUUUAAAAGCCCUUUUGCUGGUCUUUUGUUUGGUGCGGCUGGAAUUGUCCAUGCCGCCACUCCCGCCUCCAGGGGAGAAUCAGGAGGGGCACAGAGCAGGUUUGCAUUUCAAGGGGGGCAGAAACGAUCCUGCAGACUCUCUGGAGCCAGGGGCUGCAGACAUUUGCCAGACGUGUGAACUCUACUCCUAACUGACGGCUGUUAUCUCUUUUCUCUCCGUACUUUGAUGUGGAUUCACACUUGCAAACGAGCCUGCGGGGGAGGCCCCCCUAUAAAUAAACGGAGGCCCCCCCACCCACCUGCCCUCCUCUCUAGCCGAGCAGCUCUAGCUAGGCCGAGGGAGCUGCAGGCAGCUCCUUCCUGAGCCUAGCUCCUUCAGCCGCCGCUCGCCAUGGGCGAGGCCGCCUGCUCCGUGGGCUUCCCGGCCCAGCCUGACAGCGAGGAGCAAAGGCCAGCGGGCAGGCCUCACAUCUGCUGCGUGCCUCCUCCGCGGGCUCCCACCUCCUUCAGCAGGAGUCCCCGCCUGGCCAAAGCAAAGCCCAAAGGGGGAGCCUCGGCCGGGGGCCAGCUCCAGCCCAGGAGCUCGUGCCGAGGGGAGCUGGAAGACACCAAGCCCCAGGAGUUGCCCAAUGACCGAGCAAGUCCCGCUCCCGAGGGCGGCUGGGUGAGCGCGGACGAGUCCUCCGGGUACGAGAGCGAAAGCGCCGCCUCCUGCAUCCCCUCGCCGCCGGGGGAGGACGAGCCCCAGCAGCGCAGGGCGCGGGCCGCCUUCGCCCCGGAGCAGGUCUGCAAGCUGGAGAAAACCUUCAAGCGGCUGAAGUACCUGGGGGCGGCGGAGAGGAAGAAGCUGGCGGCCGCUCUUCAGCUGUCCGAGGUUCAGGUCAAAACCUGGUUCCAGAAUCGCAGGAUGAAACUUAAGAGGCAAAUACAAGACCAUCAUCAUACCCUCAUAUCUUCAGAUCCCUUCUAUGGCUAUAAGCAAGGGACCCCACCAAAUAUGUUACAGGAUUAUUACCACUAUCCUAGUCCACAGCAACAAAGACUUCUGCCUUUUGCUCCUAAUUGUGCUUUAGAAUUCAACUCUUCCUUUCAAAUAUAUGACUCCCCAAACCCAUCAUACACCGUUAGGGCACAUGAUUUACCUUUUUUCCACCAACACUUUCUACCACAAUUCUCUGUCCAUCCAGUUAUACAGAACAAAAUGGACAACAAGCAAUUUAAUUCUCUUCAAACAUUAUAACCAAAGCAAAGUGGAAGAUAUGAGAAAGGUAUUAUAUUAUGUACAUAAAAUAUCUGUAGAAGUGUAUGUUUUAAUACAAAGUUUAAAUAUAAAGAUUCAUACCUAAAUUAAGUAUAAUUGUAUUUAAUUGAGAUUGAAUGCUGUAUGAGGCACUCUAGUCCUAAUUCUUGGGUUUAUACCCAACCUAUGUAAUUUGAAGGUUACUGAUCUGAAGGAUUCUGAUAGACUAUGCUAUCUUCUUUUAGUGUGUGGAUGCUUAAAAGGAUCUUUUGGUAUACAUUCCAUAUUGACAAUUAGUCUGGCCACAGGAGGAGAAUUCCACUGGACCUACUGCUGGCACUGGUGAGAACCCUAAUGUAGAUGUGAUGAAAGCAAAUUUUGUACAGGUUUGACCACACAGCCUUACCUACACUAGGAUCCACACCACGUAGGCAAGGCUAUGAGAUAAAAUUCAUUGUUUUAGAGAGGCAAAACCAACUGCUGGAGUCCCAUACUUGAAAAUAUUAUGCAAACAUUUAACCUAUAGCAAAAUCUUAUCAACUGUGAAGAAACUAUCAAUCUGGAGGCUUUGUUAUAGUAAUGUUGUUCAUCUAAUAGUUUUUUCUGUGCAUAUCCAACAAAGAAACCAGAUACAAUUAGGUUUCAGGUUUGCUAAUUGUUGGUAGUAAUACUCUUCUUAUAGUCAGAAAGCUGGCAGUGAAUUAAUGGCUUCUGAUGAGAUUAUACACAUAGAAAUACCAUUUCAGUGUUUUAUAUUGUAUAACAAGAACACCCAGUUAGGAUUAUGUGGCACAUUGGAACUAAGAGUUUACAGAUUGUCUUGUCAUCCUUUCCUGCUCCUGAGUUGGCAGUUAUGCAAUUUGUGACUUUGACCAAGUCCUCUUUUCCUAUUCUCAUCCAAGUGUUAACUGGCCUGUUUUUACAGCCAGUGAAAAUUAAAACUUUUACGCUCCUUAAAAGAGUACAAUGUACUGUCUUGUGAUCUCAGUACUGCAUAGUGUUUCUAUAAUAGGAUUCUGUAUAAAUUAUUGGGGAAGGGGAGCAUUAUUUACAGGAGGGAGCAAAGUGCUAGUCAGUUAGUUGUUUUGUGAUCAUAAAUUACUGCUUUACACUUCCAUUGCAUCUUCCAUUCAAAAACCUCAAAAUGUUUUACAAAGAUAGAACAUAGAAUAGUUGCACUGAUUUAUAUUGAUUUAAUUUCAUUGGUAAUUUACUGAAUUAAACUACAUUGCUAUAAACUUCUAAAGGAGUGUGCAUGCAUGGGCUUUAUCAGUUUAAAUCGAUUACAAAACUUGCAGUGGAAAUGGUGCAACUUUUGUGUGCAGACAAGCUCUUGAAAUAGGUAUUACUAUUUCUCCUAUGGGGGAAAAAUGAGGUAUAGAUGCUGGGAUUUGCUUCCAAUUGACUUCAGUGGAAAUUGCUGGGUACUUAGGCUAAUUUUCAAGAGUGCUAUUUAGGAACGUAACAUAUUCUUGAAAAUCUUUGCCUUAAAGUAUGAAUGAAAUCCCUUUUUAAAUGGAAUUUUAAUUUAAAAAUUUGGCACAAGGACUUGACAGAGAAGUAUUGAAUGCUCCAUGUAACUUUUUAGUAAAGCAAUAUUUUUUUUGCAGAAGAAACACGGAAAAAUUGCUCCCCUUUAAAAAUGUUGCUCUUGAUUUCAUCACUUUUUUUAGUUCCUUUAGUAGCUAUACUCAUUUCCUCCUUCCUCCUGAAAUAACAUUCUGGACUGACUAAUCUUGGUUGUAUGGAGGAAACUGGAGAUGAGAGCCCCCUGCUUCUGUGCUAAGGCAUCAGUAGAGCCACAAAUGAGUAUGUCUUUGCCUAUAGCAUGAAAUAGUUUGAAAUAUUACAGGCCUGAGGAGAUUAGUUUAAUUCUGGCUGUUGGGCUUGAUGUGGAGGUGGCUGGGUUGUGUUUAGUGACCUGUAAUAGACAGGAGGGCGAUCUGGUGUUCCCUCCUGCCCUUAAACUCUGUGACUACAAUGAGAAAAGGGUGUAGCACAACUAGAAAGCCUUGUUAAGGUACAGGCUACAAUCAUUGAAACUGUGUUGGUUAGGCAUGUUAGACUCUCCUCCUACCUCCAUGCUUUACUGCAGCUAGUUAACAUGGCUUUAGUUGUUAGAUCUUAACAGGGCUUUUCAAUUGUUUGAAUUAACCUUGGUUAGAAAACUGGCCCUUUAUUGAUGGGGGGUUGGGGAGCGUGUAUUUUUAAUCCAGUUAAAUACAAUUGAAAAAGCCCAUUGAAGCAUGUCCAUAUACAGCUGCCAAAGUUUGUAUAUUGCAUACAUGAAUCAGUGGUGCUGGAACUAGGGAUGCUGCUGCAUCCCCUUGGUUAAAGUAGUAAAAACAGACACCAAAUAUAUGGUUUCCAUCAUCAGCACCUCACUAUAAAAAUUGUUCCGGAACCCCUGACAUGCAUACUUGUCUGCUUGUGUGGAUGCAAAGCAUGGUGCAAGGGGUAGGAAGCCCAGUGUGCCAUAAGCUCCUCUGUCCAUUGUUAAGUUGAUCUAACUUUGUAGUGUAGUUUGGGCCAUAAUAGGGCUUUUUAUUUGUGCUUAACAUGAUUGAAAAACACACCCUUUUGGCCCUUGAGAUGGGGCCACUGCGUUGCUGCUUUAGCUCUCCAGCCACAUUGUAUCUGUAUCAAUGACUACCCCCAAACAUUGCUGCAGCUAGAUAUAGGAAAGAAACAUUCAAUUUCUUGUCCUGAUGCCUCAGCAUAGAGGCAUUAAGUUCACCCCCAAACCAAUCCUUUUCUCUCCCUUCACUUCCCUGAAAUAAAGACUGCAUUUUUUUGUGUGAGCAUAAGUGCAAACAUGUGCUUUCUAAGAGGAAAAUCAUGAUUCUAGAGAUAAUGAAUUUUUCCAUUUGCUUAUGAUUCAAAAAAAUGGGGAGGGGGUUUAUGAGAGGCAGAAUUAGUUGUGGGUUGACCC